ACACGAGGGAGGCGGAGGAUCGGGCCCAUUUCUAUUUAUAUUGGGCUGAACAAAUUUUGCAACUGUAAAGGUCAAUGAAGGAGUCGGCUUGAAAAUAAUCUGUAGAUGUUGAGACAUGCGCAGAUGCGGGAUGAUGCCAUAUUGGACACACUCAUACACACACCGCUCCUGCUUCAACCAGCACACCGGAUCACUCAAUUCAGACAGACGGAAAAAACUCGCUUAAGCAGGCAUGGAUUGUGUAGAGGAGGAGGUGGAUUUUAACUGGGAGGAGUACCUCGAAGAGACUGGAGCCACUGCCGCCCCUCACACUUCAUUCAGACAUGUGGAGCUCAGUCUUCAGAGCAGUUUUCAGCCUGGAAUGAAGCUUGAAGUAGCUAAUAAGGGCAGUCUGGACACAUAUUGGGUGGCCACCAUUAUAACCACAUGUGGUCAGUUGCUAUUGUUACGCUACUGUGGCUAUGGCGACGACCGCAAGACUGACUUCUGGUGUGAUGUCAUGACAGCCGAACUUCAUCCUGUCGGCUGGUGCGCUCAGAACAACAAAACGCUUCAACCACCUGAAGAUAACGUUUACCUCAGAGCAGCUAUUAAAGAGAAGUACAGUGACUGGACUGAGUUUCUCAUCAAAGAGCUCACAGGUUCACGGACAGCACCAGCAAACCUGCUUGAAGGGCCGUUAAGAGGUAAAAACACAGUGGAUCUGAUUGUGGUAGGCUGUAUUUUGGAGGUGCGUGAUGCCUUUGAACCCAGCGUGUACUGGGCAGCGCGUGUCCAGUGUAACGUCGGCGGACGUUUAUGCCUCAGCUAUGUUGGAGUAAAUGAUUCAGCCUACGACAUGUGGAUGUUCUACCUUGACACCAGGCUCCGCCCCCUGGGCUGGGCCAAAGAGAAUAAUCUAUCACUGAAACCACCCACAGAUCUGUGUGAUUUGAGGAGCAGCUCAGAAUGGACCGAAGCUUUAGAUGAAGCCACAACUGAAGCCUUGAAAAGUCCACUUCCACUGGAGGUCUUCAAGGAUCACGCUGACCUGAGCACACACUCCUUCAGGGCAGGAAUGAAGCUUGAAAUGGUGUCACCCUCGGAACCCUUCCACAUCUGUCCUGUGUCUGUAACUAAAGUCUAUAAUGAAUACUACUUUCAGAUCACAGUUGAUGACCUCACAGCUGAAGCCACGCCCACUCAUGUGGUGUGUCACGCUGACUCACCGGGCAUCCUGCCAGUGCAGUGGUGUCUGAAGAAUGGUGUUGGACUGGAGAGGCCACAAGGUUUUGAGUCACAGGACUUCGAUUGGGCGGACUAUCUCAAACACACUGGCGCUGAAGCCGCUCCAGAUGUGUGUUUCCCAAAUGCGUCUCAGAGCAGGGGCUUCUGUAAGGAUAUGUGGCUUGAAGCCGUGAAUCCACUCCAACCUUCCGAACUCUGCGUCGCUCGCAUCACUCAGGUCAAAGGUCGGCUUCUCUGGCUCAGACUGGAAGGUCUGACUAAGCCGCAACCAGAUUGCAUAGUGGAUGUUGAGAGUAUGAGUAUCUUCCCUGUGGGCUGGUGUGAAGCUAAUGCCUAUCCGCUAACACAUUUACUAAAGACAGUCUGUUUGCCUCAGAAGAAGAUUGCCGUUGUUCAGCCUGAGAAACAGUUGGCCCCCUCACAGCCUCCUGAUGCCCCUCUUAACCUGUGCUCAUCCAUGGAUACAGGUUUGGUGAAUGGAAAAUACUGUUGUUCCCAGCUCUUCAUCAACCACCGCUGUUUCUCUGGUCCGUAUCUCAACAAAGGUCGAAUCGCUGAGUUACCAAAGGCCGUUGGGCCCGGAAAGUGUGCUGUAGUCCUCAAAGAGAUUCUGACAAUGUUAAUAAACUCAGCGUAUAAACCCGGCCGUGUGCUCAGAGAGCUACAGAUGGUGGAAGACCCACAGUGGAACUGUCAGGAGGAAACCCUGAAAGCCAAAUACAAAGGGAAAAGCUAUCGGUCCACCAUGAGGAUUGUCCGAACAGGAGAUCAAGUGUCGGAGUUUUGUCGUCGAGUAUGCGAACGACUUCAGUGUUGUCCGAAUCUUUUCGGUCCAACAAUUGUGUCCGACAAGUGCCCUGAAAACUGCUUCAGUCAGACCAAGACCAAAUAUACAUAUUACAAGAAGAGGAAAGUUGGACGCCCAAGUUUAGGGGAGAAUGCACAGGACGGUGACAUGAGCAAACCAGCACGACGCCGAAAGAAACGCAAAGCCAUCUUUGUCCAGAAAAAAAGACGCACUUCCAUUGUGGGAUACCACACCACAGAGUCACCUCAGGAUAGCGAUUAUUACUAUGAUGAUGAGGAAGAAGAUUUUGAGGAGUGGGGCAGUGAAGUGAGUUCCAGCUCACCGCGUGAGGAGGCCUCUGCCCACUCCUUCAAAGACGUCCCAAGGAGAGGAAGACCCCCGCGCCGUGCUGCUCUUCAGCGCAGGGCGACCCAUCCAGGGCCAGAAACCACAGACAGAUCCUCUCCCAGAAGAACCACACGCUCUGUUUCUUACAGCCAGAACCAGACGGCCAAAAACACACACACAAAGACUGAGAAUUUUGAAGAGGAAGAUCGUCUGGUGUUAGAGACGAAUCCUCUGGAAUGGAGCGUCUCUGAUGUGGUUGACUUCAUCACAUCCACAGAUUGUGCCUCUCUAGCAAAGAUAUUCCAAGAGCAGGACAUUGAUGGACAGGCCCUGUUGCUGCUGACCCUUCCUACAGUUCAAGAAUGCAUGGACCUAAAGCUUGGCCCUGCCAUCAAACUCUGUCAUCAGAUCGAGCGAGUCAAAGUGGCCUUCUACUCCCAGUUCGCUAACUAGGCUAACCUUCUUGGCGGACGUAAAUCAACAGACACCCAUGUAUUGUGCUCAGGGGAUGUAAAGAGUUAUUCCAUACGUCAGGAGACCUCAGGUUGCCUCAUACCGAAUGGAUUUCUUCAAUAUGAGAUUUAGUCAUGGAAUAUGACAUAAUUUCUGCUUUCCCUGCUAAAGAAAACCGCUGAAGGUUGCUAGUUUUAGCUGGUUUGAGCUGGUCUACCUGGUCUCCCAGUCUAGUCAAACUGGCCUUUGGAGGAUUUAACUGGAUGGCCAGCUGGUCAAGUACCAAAAACCUCUUCAAAAUAGCUUAAACAACCUUCCACUCUUAAAAAUAAAGGUUCCAAAAGAGGGUUUUCACAGUGAUGCCAUAGAAAAACCAUUUUUUGGUUCCCCAAAGAAUUUUUCAGUGAACAGUUCUUCAAGUUUUUCCACUAUUAAGAACCUUUUGUGGAAUGGAAUGAUUCUAAUGAUGUUAAAGGUUCUUCAAGGAACCAUUGUUGCCAAUAAAGAACCUUUAUUUUUUAAGAGCACAGUUUUUUCAGCAGUGUGGUGAAGACAAAGCAAACAAUCUAGGGGAAGUUUAGGUUUGGGUGGAGUUCCAGAAGUUUUAAAAGAACGUCUCUAGUAUGAAGACAUCGUCCAUGGGAAUAAGUAUGUGUGAAAAUACGUGAAAGGCAGUUCAACUGUGAAAAACCUCCAACCCCUGAAAUUCACUGCAGAACUAUCUGAAAUUUUAUUCGUCUUUUAAGACCAAAUGAUAUUUAUAACGGCGAAUUAAAUGUGAAGUAUUAACUUCGGAACUAAUAUAUUUGUAAUAUUUAUUUUGUUCUGAUAAACUAUUUUUAAAAUGUUCGUUAGGAGGUUAGUGGUGAUUUAACAUCUGAAAAAUCUAGAUUUGGCAACUUGGCCAUUAUGAAUUAGGGAAUAUUAUUAAUAUCAAGACUGAUAUUUGAUAUAAAGUGGUUAUAUGUUGCGUGAUUAUGCUGAAAUGUGCAUACACACAUAAAUACAUGACUCUACACACAUUUGUUUUCCUUAAAUGCCUGCUGUUUGUCUAACACAUCAUUUGUUUCUCUUUACAAUACAAGGGCAAGCACAUUUUUGAGGAGCUGCCUUUUGUCAUGGCCUAUCUAUAUUUUAUGUAAAUGUAAUUUUGGAUCUAUGCAAAAUUGGAUAUGUUUUCUAUAUAUAUUUUUUUGUUUGUAAUGAGUUUCAUAGUGAUAUAUUUUUUACUUCUCUGUUGUACGACACCUUGAUCACAAGUAUAAUGUAUUAAAAUUUGAUUAACUGCUGUUGAAA